CGAAGGUCUAACUCAGCCCCACUAUGUUCGAGUGGAACCCUUGAUGCCUGGUAAAAUAAUUAUUUGUAAUUAAUAAUUUCACAAAAGAAAAAUAUUUUAUAAAAAUGCAAGGGAGAUAAUCAAGAGGUUGGGGGGGUGGGGGUGAUACAGGUCAAAUGGGAAUAAGUGAAAAGCGAAAGUACUAAACUAGUCCAAAAACUUAUUUUUUUAUUAAUCCUUGACCCGUAUACAGUGCUGCCAAGACACCUUAUUCCCGAGCCUAAUAAGGUCGACUCAGUAGAAAGGACGGACAGAAGAGAAAAAGUCAAUAGAAAGCCAAGCUCACUAGUAAUGGAAGCGUUUAAAACAGUACACGUGCAGCAUUGUAGUUCUUCGGCCGCAGAACGCAACAUAACGAGGCUUCAUUACCGAACAGCACGCAAAACAAUGAACACUAUUUUCAACGUGUUUUUCGUACGCCAGCUAAAGAUUCACCUAUCAAUAAGUAAGACGAAGCAAGAAUCUAUAUGUCCAUUGUACAUUUAUCAAAAAAAUAUGUUACCGACUGGUAUCAGCCAAACAAGAGGGUUUUCCCGAGGAGCUGCACAUACUUAGCGGAAGAGAAAGUGGUGCUCUGAUGCCACACCCACAGCGCUAGAGAGUUAGUGACAGACGCAAUAAGUAAAUUUAACGAAAAUCACCUGACCGCACUUUGUUAUUAUUAUUAUUUUCUAACUAGCUUUCCAACCUGUCCUAUUUUCGUACUAGCUUGCCCACCUGUCCUAUUUUCUUACUAGCUUUCCCACCUGUACUAUUUUCUUACUAGCUUUCCCACCUGUCCUAUUUUCUUACUAGCUUUCCCACCUGUACUAUUUUCUUACUAGCUUGCCCACCGGUCCUAUUUUCUUACUAGCUUGCCCACCUGUCCUAUUUUCUUACUAGCUUUCCCACCGGUCCUAUUUUCUUACUAGCUUUCCCACCGGUCCUAUUUUCUUACUAGCUUUCCCACCUGUCUUAUUUUCUUACUAGCUUUCCCACCGGUCCUAUUUUCUUACUAGCUUUCCCACCUGUCCUAUUUUCUUACUAGCUUUCCCACCGGUCCUAUUUUCUUACUAGCUUUCCCACCUGUCCUAUUUUCUUACUAGCUUUCCCACCGGUCCUAUUUUCUUACUAGCUUUCCCACCGGUUUUAUUUUCUUACUAGCGUUACCACCGGUCCUAUUUUCUUACUAGCUUUCCCACCGGUCCUAUUUUCUUACUAGCUUUCCCACCGGUCUCAUUUUCUUACUAGCUUUCCCACCUGUCCUAUUUUCUUACUAGCUUCCCCACCUGUCCUAUUUUCUUACUAGCUUUCCCACCGGUUUUAUUUUCUUACUAGCUUUACCACCGGUCCUAUUUUCUUACUAGCUUUCCCACCGGUCCUAUUUUCUUACUAGCUUUCCCACCUGUCUUAUUUUCUUACUAGCUUUCCCUCCUGUCCUAUUUUCUUACUAGCUUUCCCACCUGUCUUAUUUUCUUACUAGCUUUCCCACCUGUCCUAUUUUCUUACUAGCUUUCCCACCGGUCUUAUUUUCUUACUAGCUUUACCACCGGUCCUAUUUUCUUACUAGCUUUCCCACCGGUCCUAUUUUCUUACUAGCUUUCCCACCGGUCUUAUUUUCUUACUAGCUUUCCCACCAGUCUUAUUUUCUUACUAGCUUUCCCACCGGUCCUAUUUUCUUACUAGCUUUCCCACCUGUCUUAUUUUCUUACUAGCUUUCCCACCGGUCCUAUUUUCUUACUAGCUUUCCCACUGGUCCUAUUUUCUUACUAGCUUUCCCACCGGUCCUAUUUUCUUACUAGCUUUCCCACCGGUUUUAUUUUCUUACUAGCUUUCCCACCGGUCUUAUUUUCUUACUAGCUUUCCCACCGGUCCUAUUUUCUUACUAGCUUUCCCACCGGUCCUAUUUUCUUACUAGCUUUCCCACCUGUCCUAUUUUCUUACUAGCUUGCCCACCUGUCCUAUUUCCUUACGGCCCGCCUUACAUUUUGAGUUGUGUAUCAUUCAGAUUAAAUCUAAUAUUCACAUUGUAAAACUAUUUAAGUCAAUUUAAGUCAAAUAAUUAUCAAUCUCUGUAAUUUAAUUCAAAUUAAUGUAAAUCUUUCAGAAAACACUGAUGAUGAUGAUGAUGAUAUCUUUAGUGGAAUUGAAUGGAUCCCCAACGAAACAGAAGGUAAGACAUUAACAUCGCAAUACAAGUGAAAUGUCUUGACCAGCCAGCCCCAUGUUCACAAGAAAACAAGUGAUCUUAAGAAAACGCCCAAAAAGAACAGUAUCAAAUAGAAUCCCCCCCCCCCCAAAAGCAAUCACCAAAUUCAAACUUAGAGCAUUCACUGUUUAAAAAAAAAAAAUAUUUGGUCGGCUCUUCAUAUGUCAUGAAGCUCACCAUUACUCUUUAUUGGAAACACUGAGCUGUUCACGAUUGGAGGAAUGACGAAGACUAUCCAGGCUCUCCAUGAUGUACAAGAUAAAUAAAGGGCUGGUCCACUGCUCAAGCAUUAAACAGAAACUCGUCCUUCUACCACAUAGACAGCGACGAGGCCAUGACAGGCAGUUCUGGCUCAUACCAGUGAGAACCCAGUAUAGGAACUGCUCAAAGACAACUAGGGGCUGGAACAAUCUCCCAAGUGGAAAAGUUGAGUCGACAACCCCAAAUCCACGUGGGUCUAUCAUGCCUCAGGCCUUCCAACCCCCAAGUGCAUGACACCCUCACUAAGUGGCCCUUGCAACCAUGCAGUGAAAUAUCCUUAUCAACACAAGGCACAGAAACAUUGCAAAUCCUCUCUAGAUGCAUAGAGGUCACAAUGAUCAAUACAUUGAUUGUGGGCACUUAACAUAGAGCAGACCAAGAAGAAGUUAUCUUUCCCCCGAUGGGGAAAAUAGCCUUCUCGCAUCUAGGAAGUCGCUCAUUCUCUCACUAUUGAAAACCGCUUUUUUUCUCUGUCAUGGUGAAAAAACCCUGCCCUCCCCUACAUAACACUCACCCUCUGCCUACCGCGUAAGAAGUUCUCUUCGCCCACUGUGGAAAACCCCCAUAACAAAACCAUAUAAAACUCAAUGUCAAAACCUACGGAACCUCGCCUUUACCCUUCGCACGAAAUUCACAUUAACCUAACAGAUAGGCAUCACAUUCCAAUGCCAUGGUUAUAUAUGAGACUUGCAUCCAGCCUUCAAACUCAAGAGCUUAAUUUCAACUUUAAUCAAAAGCGGAUCAUCAAAAUUAAUUUAAGAAAUCACCUUCACUCCAGUGGUUCUCAAAAACUCUUGCGUUGUCUGUGUACACUGCAACAAGAAAAUCAGAACCGCCCGUAGUUCUUAAAACUACUCUCGUAGGUCCACUUGAGAUCGUACACACUGACUAAAAAAUAUAUAUUUUUUUACUUUACGUCUCCCUGCUGUAAUUUUACUGAUGUCACCUCCCUGAUUUAAAAUUCACUGCUUCAAUUUCUUUGUCAAUUGACAUUCUUGCACCGAAACAGAGCGUAGUGGCUAAAGUUCACUGCUUCAAUUUCUUUGUCAAUUGACAUUCUUGCACCGAAACAGAGCGUAGUGGCUAAAGUUCACUGCUUCAAAUUCUUUGUCAAUUGACAUUCUUGCACCGAAACAGAGCGUAGUGGCUAAAGUUCACUGCUUCAAUUUCUUUGUCAAUUGACAUUCUUGCACCGAAACAGAGCGUAGUGGCUAUGUGAAAUAUUCCUUGGUAACUAUUUAGAUUUCUAUGGUCACAGCAUGUAGAGCUAAUGGAGUGUUUCAGUUGCUUACAUAACAUUUCAUUGUGUUAUCAUUUGCAUUGUUUUGGGAUCUGCUAUCAAAGCGAUCAAUCUACAAUUGAAAAAUUGAUUAGUUACUAUAGUAGUAAUCGUGUUGUCAAGUUUUUACUUUUGGUGGCCCGCCGAAGAUUUUAAGGACCCAACACAAGGGUCCAUUUACAGGUGAGGAGCUGCCAAACUUCACUUUUAAAGACCUAAUUGUGUUACAGUACGGAUGUUUAAUGUUGCUAUUUCAUCAGUGUGAAUGUCGAGGUUCAAACGUCCAUGUCAAAUUUGUCCCACUUCUUGAGGUCCAAACGUGCUGAAACUUUGUUCAUCUACCCCCCCCCCCCAACCCCACACACACUAACAUCCAAGAUGAUCAUGUAGCUCAUCAUUAUCAAAAGAAAAACAAAGGAGGAAAUACAAUUUUAAAGUUUAAACGGGAGUUUGUUUUCAGCACUUGUGCACGCCACCUCAAAUAAUUAUCAAUCACUGUAUUUUAAUUAAAAUUGCUGUAAAUCUUUCAGAUGCCGAUGACCUUGGUGAACCAGCGACAGCCCACACGGAAACAGAAGGUAAGACAUUAACAUCGCAACACAAGUGAAACGUCUUUAACCAGCCAGCCGCAUGUGCACAAGAAAACAAGUGAUCUUAAGAAAACGCCCCCCAAAAAAGAACUUUAUCAAAUAGAAUUAUUCCCCAAACAUUCACCAAAUUCAAACUUAGCGCAGGCAAUGCUGCCGGGACACCUUAAUUCCCGAGCCCAAUAAGGGGUCGACUCAGUAGAGAGGACGGACAGGAAAAAAAAAGUCACUAGAAAGCCAAGCUCACUAGUAAUGUAAGCGUUUAAAACAGUACACGUGCAGCCUUGUAGUUCUUCGGCCGCAAAACACAUGCGGAAAAAAUUUAAUUUUUGUUGGGACGGCGGACGGCAUCAAGAAUGACUUGUCAUCGCAGUUGGAGCAGGUUUAGCAAAAACAAAAAACAAAAUGUGGUGUGAAAAUCCCAUAAGAACCAAAUUAGCCGCCGCUACGGAAACAUUUAAUCAAAAUUUUCGUUUUAACCGGGUUGGAAGCGUCAAUGCUUCCCGGAAGUACAUCACACAGCCUGUUAAAAUGGCCAAUGUAGACAGGUGGUAGACUGGUCAAUCAUGAAACCACUGACCGGUAACUAUUUCAGAACCACGUGCCUUAAUGAAACAACAAAGAAAGAAACCCCGUAUAGUUUCACUAUAUAGAUUGAGAUCCCAGUGGUGUCUUGUGAGAUGUUAUGCCUGGCAGACUCUCGCCUAAAACAACACAACAACAGCGUAUACUUCUUCGGGAUCAUUGGACCUUCCUCAGUUGGAUGAAUUAAUGCAAUUACCGCAAAGUCUUGAAGACUGCACAUCGAUAACAUGCAUUAGCAAACUUAUGGCGCCUGUUCCCGCUGGUCGAGUUAAAGCAGAAUAUUUGAAAACAAGACUCCCCCAUAUAUAUUGAUAUCCUGAAUGUACUACAAGUAGGACAUCUUACAUCUUAGCAUUUAUUGGUUUCAAUGUGGAAAAUGAACAACGAAUCAACUUUUCUCUUCCAAAUAGGAAAAGGCUUCCUUGCAUCUAACCAACAAAUCAGCAAGUACAUUAUCACAUACAGGCAGUCCUAAAACAUGCCGAAGUGAACAAAUGUUUAAACUCAUAGCACAUGACUGAUGGCACACAAAAAAAAACAAAAUAUGUCCACAUAAACAAUAUGUUACCGACUUGUAUCAACCAAACAAGAGGGUUUUCCCGAGCAGCUGCUUAUACCCGUGGAAGCGGAAGUGGUGCUCAGAUGCCACAUCGACGGCACUAGAGAGUUAUGACAGACGCAAAAUGUAAAUUUAACGAAAAUCACCUGACCCCACUGCCACAGAAACAAUUGGAUGAUACAGACAAAAGUCUGUUACGGUAGAACUUUAAAAAAAAAAAAUGUAAUCUAGAUAAGGAAACCAAAAUGAUUACAUUAAUUGGCCAAAUACAGAUACGGAACUGCGGAAAGAGAAAUUCUUCCACCAAUCCUAUCAUAGGCCCUCAGCAAUGCCUAUAUUGCACAGGUAGCACUGAUCAUUUCGCUGUAGUACAUUGUCACGGUCAUAUCGUGUUUAUGAUAUGCGACUGGUUUAGUAAUUGUAACAUUGAGCAAUGAUGUUUUUCCAUACGGCUCCCCAGCACCCACUUGGCGGCCCGCGAAGUAACAAAAUAUCCUUUGUUACUAAAAAUUUUCUGACUAGAUUUCCCAUCUGUCCUAUUAUCUUUCGGCCCGCACAAGUUUUCCCUAAGUAUUACGGCCCGCCUUAAAUUUUGAGUUCUUUUUUCAUAUCAUUAAGUUUAAUAUUAAUUUUCAGAUUGUUAUACUAAUUAAGUCACAUCAAAUAAUUAUCAAUCUCCGUAAUUUAAUUCAAAUUACUGUAAAUCUUUCAGACAACGCAGGAAGACAAGAUGACGAGGAUCAACCCGAAAGACGUAGACGAACGCAAUCAAGAGGUAAGACAUUGCAACACAAGUGAAAUGUCUUGACCAACCAGCCCCAUGUGCACACGAAAACAAGUGAUCUUAAGAAAACGCCGAAUAAGAACAAUAUCAAACAGAAUAAUUACCAAAAACAUUUAACAAAUUCAAACUUAGAGCAUUCACUGUUCAAACAAACAAAAAAUACAAUAAUAUUUGAUCGGCUUCUCAUAUGUCAUGAAGCUCACCAUUACUCAUUAUCGGAAACAAUGGACUGGUCACGAUUGGAGGAACGACGAAGACUAUCCAGGCUCUCCAUGAUGUACAAGAUAAAUAAAGUGCUGGUCCACUGCUCCAGAAUUAAACAGAAACUCGUCCCUCUCCCCCAUAGACAGCGACGAGGCCAUGACAGGCAGUUCCGGCUCAUACCAGCGAGAAGCCAGUAUAGGAGCUGCUCAUUCCUGCCAAAGACAAUCAUGGACUGGAACAAGCUUCCAAGAGGAAAACAUUGCAAAGAAGACUGCCACAAUUGACAACGAACUCGCCAGACUAAACAUUGAUAUUGCAGGCCUUUUAGAGACCCGACUAGUGGAUAGUGGUACCAUAAAUGAAGGCAGCUACACAUUCUACUGGCAGGGGAAACAUGCAGAUGAACCUAGAUGGCAUGGUGUUGGAUUGCCGUAAACACUUUAUUGGCCUGUAUUGAACCUGCUUCUUUGGGAUCAGAGAAGAUUCAGCCAAUUCUGAUAUCAUCAUUUGCACGAGAGGCCAACGUAUUUAGUGUGUAUGCUCCAACUAUUCAUUCGACUCCAGGAGAGGAUGAUCCAUUCUACGAGGCCCUAGACCAAGAAUUAUCAUGUGUUCCCAAAAACCGAAGCAUUGUACAUUCUGGGAGAGUAAAAUUCUAGGGUAGGAGCUGAUCAGGAAGCCUGGCCGUCAUGUCUUGGUUAUCACGGAUUAGGAAGGAUUAAUGAAAUCGUACAACGUCUGGUGGAGCUGUGCUGCUCCCAUGGCCUCUGUGUUACCAAGACCUUCUUCAAAUGUAAACAAAUCCGAAAGGUGUCAUGGUGGCUUUCACGCACCCGCCGCUAUCACCUGGUAGACCUCAUAAUCUUAAGGCGCGUGGACCUAGCCAGUGCACUUCACACCCGCAGCUACCAUAGUGCCGACUGUGACACGGACCAUGCUCUCGUAGCAAGCAAGAUACAGCUAAUGCCCAAAAAAUUGUAUAAUGCUUAAAAGACAUGUCGUCCACGAAUAAACAUCCACUGCUCAAACAACCCAGAAGAAACGCAGCAAUUCACAAAAGUUUUGAUGGAUACCAUUGCCAAAUGUCACGUGAUGUCACUAUGGACUCAUAGUGGACUUAAAUACGAGAUGCUAUGUACAAUGCAGCCAUGUCCACCUGCGUUAAAAUUAAAAAAACAAACAAUAACUGGCAUGAGGCGCAUUGGAAUGUGAUGGAACCCGCAACUGAGAGCAAGAGAAGAGCUCUACUUGCCUAUAGUGAUGCACCUUAUACUUGUCCAUCAGAGGCUCUCCGAAAUGAAAAAAACAAUAUCCCAGCAUGCGGCCCGCCACUGUGCCAACUCUUGCUGGUUGGAUCUCUGCAACGGUAUCCGAUGGGCUUCCGACUGCGGUGAGUCAAGGAGCAAGUACGAGGGCAUCAAGAGGGCAAUAGGUCCACACAUCUAAAAAUUAUCACCCCUCAAGAACAACCCUGGUAAAAUUAUCCAGAACCCAAACGAUCAACUCCGGCGUUGGUUAGGGCCUUAUCUUGAACUAUAUGCAAUAGCGAAUGUAGUCACUGGGACCGCUCUGAAUAAUAUUUCCGUCUUGUCCAUAAUGGAAAAACUAGAUGAAGAGCCAACUUUUACAGGACUUCAAAAAGUCAACUGAUUUCCAUGCUGAUGGAAAGACACAAGGGAUUGACGGUUUCCCCCCGGAAGUCCUCAAAAAUAGAAAAAACAAUACUACAUCAGCCCUUACAUAACCUCAUCUGUUUGUGUUGAGAAAAAAAUAUCACAUUUCCCCAGGACAUGGGAGAAGCCAACAUCGCAACAUUGUACACAAAUAAAUGGGGAUUGAAAUGAUUUUUAUAACUAUACAGGAAUUUCUCUCCUUGGCAUAGUUGGAAGGACGUUUGACCGCGUUGCUCUAAAACGAUUGCAGAGUCUGGCCAACCUCAUCUACCCAGAGUCCCAGUGUGGCUUCGGGAGUGGGCGCUCAACUAUAGACAUAAUUCUCAUUACGCGAAAUGCAAGAUAGGUGUCGUGAACAACAUAUGCCACCGUAUAUUGCUUUCAUAGAUCUGACGAAGCCAUUUGACUUGGUAAGCCGGAGACGCCUAUUUAGUAUAUUGCAAAGAAUAGGUUGUCCACCAACUCUGCUCACAAUCAUAUAUUAAUUUCACAAAAACAUGCACUGCAGAGUCAACGGCGCUUUCUCUGAGGCAUUCCUAGUCAGCAGGUGAUUAAAACAGGGUUGUGUAUUGGCACCAGCGCUCUUCUCCAUUUACUUCUCGGUGCUCUUUCAAUUUGCCUUCAGGGACUGUGAAGAUGGAGUGUACGUCCAUAUCAAAUCUGAUGGUAGGCAGUUCAAUAUCGCCCGUCCUCGUGCAAAGACCAAGGUAAAAAAGGUGCUAAUUCGUGAACUGCUGUUUGCUGACGAUGCCGCCUUAAGAUGUCACACAGAAGAAUGUCUUCAGGCACUGGUUAAUCGUCUAUCAUACGCUUGUAAAGAGCUUGGGUUGGAAAUCAAUCUACAGAAAAGCAUGUAAUGAUGCAAGAACACCAUCCCCUCCAAUCAUAUCUAUUGAGGGCCAAAAAAUGUUAGUUGUUUAGCAUUUCACAUACCUGGGAUCCAAUAUUUCUAGUUCUCUCUCCGUUGAUGAAGAGAUAAAUAUCAGGAUUGCAAAGGCAGCAGCAACUAUGGCUAAACUGAAUAAGCGGGUGUGGAAUAAUCUCAAUCUAACUGAUAAAAUAAAACUAAGUGUCUAUCAGGCAUGUGUGUGCUUAGUACUCACCUAUAUGGUAAUGAAGUGUGGAUCACAUAUAUCUGUCUUGAGUGGAAACUCAACAGCUUCCGUCAAAGAUGUCUGCGUCGCAUUUUACGCAUCGGAUUGUAGGACAGGGUGCCUUACACAGAGGUCUUUGAAAUAUGUAACAUAUUCUCCGCUCUUAGCAAGAGGCGCCUUCAAUUUUUAGGUCAUGUAAGGAGAAUGUAGGAAGGACUUUUUUUUUUUUUUUGUUGCUGGCAUCCGUCCGUCACAAUGUGACGAUGGAGUGGGCUUCGUAGGACGAAAUCCACAUAGCCUGGGAUUAUUAUACUUGAAGGAUUAAAAGCUGGUUCCCAACAGCAAAUCGCCUCUCUCCACGCCGCUGGGUAACCCAAGGGAACAUCAUUGGAUGAUACAGCUUGGCACCAGUGACGUCGCAGGAGUUGUCGGAAUGUUUCAUUGUAUCAAUGUUAUCCGCCUUUCGGGACUCCAUCUCCGGGUUUGAUUUCAGAGUUUCCUUCUCUUAGAUGAGUUGCCGUCGAAGGUUAGCGAGUCCCAUCUACCCGGGGUGCUGGUGGUGUUUUUGCUCUAGCUGGAAUUGAACAUCCAGACCACCAACUUUAGAUUUGCUCAGUUUAGACCACUCGGCCACCCAGCACCCAGCAAGGACGUAUCCCAAAGAUAAUGCUGUAUGGAGGUUUGGCAGAAGGGACAAGACUUGUUUGAAGGCAACGAAUGAGAUUUAAGGACGUUUGGAAAAGUAGCAUGAGGGAAGCCAACAUUGAUAGCAACAAAUGGGAGAUCAUUGCUGAGCAACGUUUGAGCUGUCGAACAGCAGUGUAUGAAGAUGCGCGAAACAAGGCCCAUGCAACAACAUGAAAAAAACGGAAGCCCAAAUCUUACCAUGCAUGAAUGUUCUCCUGCGAGAAAUGCAGUCGAGAUUGUUAUUCCAGCAAUGGCCUAGUGAGCCACUCGUCGAAGUGUAGGCCUACAUCGCUACUCCACCGUCUUGCGAAGAUGGAAGGAUACCAUAUGUAAUAUACUGACUGUAUCAAUCGGAUAUCUAAUAGUGUAAUAUACUGACGGUAAAAAUCUGACCCUUAAUAACUUGACAUACUACGAAAAACAAAUAUCUGUCAUGUUACAACAAACUAAUACUUGAGAGACGACACAUAAACUUUUCAAUACGUAUUUCUUUUGAUUUGCCUUGAUUUAUUUUUAUUUGCUAUAAAUUCACCUGAAAUUGUGAUUCUUCCACAGGGUUCUUCAGUUGUGACAAUUUAGACAAAUUCGUUGGGAUUUUCGCAUGUUUGAUUCUGACUGUUAUUGGCUAUAUUUUAUGUUCGCUACAAUAUGAUUUGGACAAGGUACCAAAGUUCAUGAAGUUAACAAAACUCUUUAAAGAACUUCAUGUUUUUAGAAAAGGUAAUAUUUCAAAAUUUAAAGCUAAUGCAAUUUUAACUAUUGUAAAUAUAAAAAAAUAUCAUCCUAGUUAAAAUCAUUUAUCUAGCAAAACUUUACUCUAUCAUUACAACAUAAUAUGCCACUAUUUGUAAAAAUUGUAAUGAAUGUGAAAAGCCCAAGCGCACAAGAAAGUAAAAAAUAUUCCUGACACUAAUCUAUACUAAUUUUUUUUAACAUACAAUUGUUCCCAAAUUUUAAACGUAUAUUUAAAAUCAGUAUAUAAUUUGGUAUAAAUUAAUUAGCUUGGCUUGCUUUGAGUUUAACUAUACAAGUUAUUGUUUCGGCCAUGUAUUAAUGGCAUGAAAAAAUUGCAACUUUGGCAUGUUUUUCUAGGGUAGGAGCUGAUCAGGAAGCCUGGCCGUCAUGUCUUGGUUAUCACGGAUUAGGAAGGAUUAAUGAAAUCGUACAACGUCUGGUGGAGCUGUGCUGCUCCCAUGGCCUCUGUGUUACCAACACCUUCUUCAAAUGUAAACAAAUCCGAAAGGUGUCAUGGUGACUCCCACGCACCCGCCGCUAUCACCUGGUAGACCUCAUAAUCUUAAGGCGCGUGGACCUAGCCAGUGCACUUCACACCCGCCGCUAUCACCUGGUAGACCUCAUAAUCUUAAGGCGCGUGGACCUAGCCAGUGCACUUCACACCCGCCGCUAUCACCUGGUAGACCUCAUAAUCUUAAGGCGCGUGGACCUAGCCAGUGCACUUCACACCCGCCGCUAUCACCUGGUAGACCUCAUAAUCUUAAGGCGCGUGGACCUAGCCAGUGCACUUCACACCCGCCGCUAUCACCUGGUAGACCUCAUAAUCUUAAGGCGCGUGGACCUAGCCAGUGCACUUCACACCCGCCGCUAUCACCUGGUAGACCUCAUAAUCUUAAGGCGCGUGGACCUAGCCAGUGCACUUCACACCCGCCGCUAUCACCUGGUAGACCUCAUAAUCUUAAGGCGCGUGGACCUAGCCAGUGCACUUCACACCCGCAGCUACCAUAGUGCCGACUGUGACACGGACCAUGCUCUCGUAGCAAGCACGAUACAGCUAAUGCCAAAAAAUUGCACAAUGCUUAAAAGACAUGUCGUCCACGAAUAAACAUCCCCUGCUCAAACAACCCAGAAGAAACGCAGCAAUUCACAAAAGUUUUGAUGGAUACCAUUGACAAAUGUCACGUGAUGUCACUAUGGACUCAUAGUAGACUUAAAUACGAGAUGCUAUGUACAAUUCAGCCAUGUCCACCUGCGUUAAAAUAAAAAAACAACAAUAACUGGUAUGAGGCGCAUUGGAAUGUGAUGGAACCCGCAACUGAGAGCAAGAGAAGAGCUCUACUUGCCUAUAGUGAUGCACCUUAUACUUGUCCAUUAGAGGCUCUCCGAAAUGAAAAAAAACAAUAUCCCAGCAUGCGGCCCACCACUGUGCCAACUCUUGCUGGUUGGAUCUCUGCAACCGUAUCCGAUGGGCUUCCGACAGCGGGGAGUCAAGGAGCAAGUACGAGGGCAUCAAGAGGGCAAUAGGUCCACACACUUUAAAAAUAUCACCCCUCAAGCACAACUCUGGUAAAAUUAUCCAGAACCCAAACGAUCAACUCCGGCGUUGAUUAGAGCCUUAUCUUGAACUAUAUGCAAUAGUGAAUAUAGUCACUGAGACCGCUCUGAAUAAUAUUCCCGUCUUGUCCAUAAUGGAAGAACUAGAUGAAGAUCCAACUUUACAGGACUUUGAAAAGUCAAUUAAUUUCCAUGCUGAUGGAAAGGGACAAGGGAUUGACGGUUUCCCCCCGGAAGUCCUCAAAAAUGGAAAAAGCAAUACUACAUCAUCCCUUACAUAACCUCAUCUGUUUCUGUUGAGAAAAAUAUCACAUUUCCCAAGGACAUGGGAGAAGCCAACAUCGCAACAUUGUUCACAAAUAAAUGGGGAUUGAAAUGAUUUUAAUAACUAUACAGGAAUUUCUCUCCUUGGCAUAGUUGGAAGGACGUUUGACCGCGUUGCUCUAAAACGAUUGCAGAGUCUGGCCAACCUCAUCUACCCAGAGUCCAAGUGUGGCUUCGGGAGUUGGCGCUCAACUAUAGACAUGAUUCUCAUUACGCGAAAUCCAAGAUAGGUGUCGUGAACAACAUAUGCCACCGUAUAUUGCUUUCAUAGAUCUGACGAAGGCAUUCGACUUGGUAAGCCGGAGACGCCUAUUUAGUAUAUUGCAAAGAAUAGGUUGUCCACCAAUUCUGCUCAAAAUCAUAUAGUAAUUUCACAAAAACAUGAAUGGCACAGUCGCAUUCAACGGCGCUUUCUCUGAGGCAUUCCUAGUCAGCAGGUGAUUAAAACAGGGUUGUGUAUUGGCACCAGCGCUCUUCUCCAUUUACUUCUCGAUGCUCUUUCAAUUUGCCUUCAGGGACUGUGAAGAUGGAGUGUACGUCCAUAUCAAAUCUGAUGGUAGGCAGUUCAAUAUCGCCCGUCCUCGUGCAAAGACCAAGGUAAAAAAGGUGCUGAUUCGUGAACUGCUGUUCGCUGACGAUGCCACCUUAAGAUGUCACACAAAAGAAUGUCUUCAGGCACUGGUUAAUCGUCUAUCAUACGCUUGUAAAGAGCUUGGGUUGGAAAUCAAUCUACAGAAAAAGCAUGUAAUGAUGCAAGAACACCAUCCCCUCCAAUCAUAUCUAUUUAGGGCCAAAAAUAGUUAGUUGUUUAGCAUUUCACAUACCUGGGAUCCACUAUUUCUAGUUCUCUCUCCGUUGAUGAAGAGAUAAAUAUCAGGCUCGCAAAAGCAGUCGCAACUAUGGCUAAACUGAAUAAGCGGGUGUGGAAUAAUCUCAAUCUAACCGAUAAAAUAAAACUAAGUGUCUAUCAGGCAUGUGUGUGCUUAGUACUCACCUAUAUGGUAAUGAAGUGUGGAUCACAUAUAUCUGUCUUGAGUGGAAACUCAACAGCUUCCGUCAAAGAUGUCUGCGUCGCAUUUUACGCAUCCGAUGGUAGGACAGGGUGCCUUACACAGAGGUCUUUGAAAUAUGUAACAUUUUCUCCGCUCUUAGCAAGAGGCGCCUUCAAUUUUUAGGUCAUGUAAGGAGAAUGGAGGAAGGACGUAUCCCAAAGAUAAUGCUGUAUGGAGGUUUGACAGAAGGGACAAGACUUGUUUGAAGGCCACGCCUGAGAUUUAAGGACGUUUGGAAAAGUAGCAUGAGGGAAGCCAACAUUGAUAUCAACACAUGGGAGAUCAUUGCUGAGCAACGUUCGAGCUGUCGAACAGCAGUGUAUGAAGAUGCGCGAAACAAGGCCCAUGCAACAACAUGAACAUAACGGAAGGCCAAAUCUUACCAUGCAUGAAUGUUCUCCUGCGAGAAAUGCAGUCGAGAUUGUUAUUCCAGGACUGGCCUAGUGAGCCACUCGUCGAAGUGUAGGCCUACAUCGCUACUCCACCGUCUUGCGAAGAUGGAAGGAUGCUAUAUGUAAUAUACUGACUGUAUCAAUCGGAUAUCUAAUAGUGUAAUAUACUGACGGUAAAAAUCUGACCCUUAAUAACUUGACAUACUACGAAAAACAAAUAUCUGUCAUGUUACAACAAACUAAUACUUUAGAGACGACACAUAAACUCUUCAAUACGUAUUUCUUUUGAUUUGCCUUGAUUUAUUUUUAUUUGCAAUAAAUUCACCUGAAAUUGUGAUUCUUCCACAGGGUUCUUCAGUUGUCACAAUUUAGACAAAUGCAUUGUGAUUUUCGUAUGUUUGAUUUUGACUGUUAUUGUCUAUAUCUCCUGGUCUUUAUGUGAUGAUUUGGACAAGUUAGCAAAACUCUUUCAAGAACUUCAUGUUUUUAAUAAAGGUAAUAUUUCAAAAUUUAAAGCUAAUGCAAUUUUAACUAUUGUAAAGAUAAAAAAUAUCAUCCUAGGUAAAAUAAUUUAUCUAGCAAAACUUUACUCUAUUAUUACACCAUAAUAUGCCACUAUUUGUAAAAAUUGUAAUGAAUGUGAAAAGCCCAAGCACACAAGAAAGUAAAAUAUUCCUGACACUAAUCUAUACUAAUUUUUUUAACAAAGAAAGGUUCCCAAAUUUUAAACGUAUAUUAAAAAUCGGUAUAUAAUUUGGUAUAAAUUAAUUAGAUGGGCUUGCUUUGAGUUUGACUAUGCAAGUUAUUGUUUCGGCCAUGUAUUAAUGGCAUGGAAAAAUCGCAACUUUGGCAUAUUUUUUUUUUUUUUUAAAUUUAGUUUUAUAAAGAACAUUUGUAAAGGUAUGAUGCUGAGAAGCACUUGGAAAAUGUUUUAGCUUUAAAUGCUUAGUUUAGUUAUGACAUGGAAAUGGAUGUGGCGAAUUAAAAUUGAGUUAACUCAUUCCUCGAAAUAUUGUAUGUAAAAAAAAUAUAAUCAGUUCAAAAACUAUAUUCUGUAUAUUAAAUUUUUAAGAAAAUGUUUUGUAACUGACAGAUAUGCCAGAAAUUUUUUUAUAACAAGAAGAACCAUGUUACUUCAUAUAGCUUUCAUCUUCAUUCAAUGUAUUUGUAUUUAUGCAGUCAAGCGCCCUGCUAAUUAUGUUCCCCUGAAAACUCUAUGGGAGGCGGGCGCAUCUCCGUCGGAAGGUCAAUGCAGACUUGGCAACGAGACGAUCUGCCCGCUGGUCCCGCUCUUCUAUUCCAGCUUCAAGAAUUGUGUGUUGUUGUCUGACGACAAGGACUUUGACCAAUCUAUGGCGUCUUGCUUGGACGAGACUCUCGGGACAAGAUGAGAGGCACUUGCAGGCGGGCUCCGCUGAACGUGGAGGUCACGGUCGGGUCAUUUGUUGACAUUGUCUCGUUG